GCGGCCCAACAUCAUCAUCAUGCAGCCCGACGAUUUCAGGUUCUUGGACAACUGGACCCCUCCGCCCAACACCCCGGACAACCCGAACCUGGCGGACCCAUUCCCCGCCGUGGGCCUUCCCAACAUCGAGAGGCUGCGAACGAACGGGCUCCAGAUGAUGCAGGCGUACACCGGCUCCCCCAUGUGCGGGACGUCGAGGUUUUCCACCAUGACCGGGAGGCUGCCGAGYCGGGCGUCAACGGUGAUCUCCGAGUCGGGCAGCGAGGGGUGGAUUCCCUCGUGGAUCACCAUCCCUUCCACCAAACUCGAAGGGACCGACUGCUCCAGAGACAACCUCGCCGUUGCCUUUCGGGACGCGGGAUACUACACCGCAAUGACGGGUAAGGCCUGGUGUUUCGAGCCGCUGUUCCUGUUCCCGCUUUUCAAAAAAUGCAGCAAAAACGGUUUGGUUCGCACGAAACCAAACCAAAACAACGCAACUCCGGCUCACACAUCGUGCUUUCUUUUUUUCGUUCCUUCCUUCGCCGAUUGCGGCAAAACCACGGCAUCGAAAUCAAACAUUUUCUCGCCAUACCUAACACAACGCAGGAAAAUGGCAUCUUUCGAGGAUUGAUAGAGAUAAUUACGACUACGAUAAAGCCGUGGACAUCGUUAAGGGCUGCGGUUUCGAUCAUGUGGAUGGUACGUCAAACAAGCAUCUAAAACUCCUACGGCAGUGAAUUGCGUUCUACAAUACAGCUUGCCCGAUCGGUCUCCGUGUUAUUGAUCCACUGCUGUUAUUUCUCUUGUACCCUCACCUAUGUUCGCAUUUCUGCAUGGCAUCACAACAACGGGACUUUUCCCAUGAAUGAUUUGCUACGGCCUGGUAGGACUGUACGUCGAGAAUAUGGCGAACGGAGGAGAGAGUACGUGCUUAACUCGCACCAGAGGAUUAACGAUCGAUGUGGAGAUUCGGAUUUUGGGUUUCGUUGUGGUUUCUUUUGGUUUCUAAUCGUUCACCGCAUUGCCCUAUCUCGCUCCUUCUUUGCCCCUGCAUUUCCCAACAAAGACCGACCCUUCAAUAGCUACAGCGACGGAACCUUCAGCCACAACAUGGAAUGGGUUACCCACUCCGCCAUCAAUUUCAUUAAGGAAUCAUCGAGUUCCGUAAGUCACAUCGUCUGAAUUGGCGCAAACCGCUUUUCGCAAGACGACGUUUUCAUCGGAUCCCAUGCAUUCGAUUCAUUCACACACGUACAUCCCGUUGAAUUUCUGCAUUUCGUUCUGCUGCGCGCGUUCUAGAACACCCCCUUCUUCUUGUACGUGAAUCCCACGGUGCCCCACGGCUCGAGGGGCAUCCGGGAGGCACUCACGAGUUUCAGCUGCCGGGACACCGCCAACCACAAYCAAGUAUGGGAGAGCGAUCCGUGGAUCAAGGGCAUGUCCGAAGACGGUGGGUGCGCUGCUUAUCGCCAGACGAUCCUCGACCGGGCCGAAUCCGACGACGAUCUGGGAAAAAUCUGGCUCGACGAUUCCGUUGGUGCGUUGCUCACGGCGCUGGAGGACAACGGGCAGCUCGACAACACGAUUUUCUUGUUCCAGGAAGACCACGGAACGGAUACCAAGUCGGCCCUGUUCGAGGGCGGGAUUCGAAUCCCCCAGUUCGUCCACUAUCCGAACUUUAUCCCACCGUCGCAGAGAUUUGAUGGGCUUGUUUCUGUGUACGACAUUGCUCCGACCAUGCUCGACUACGCCGGGAUCUCUCCACCGUACCAAUUCGAUGGAAAGUCUUGGAAGCACGCAAUCUUUAACCCCACGGAAGAACAGAACUGGAAACACAGCCGGUGCAUCUUCGCAGAGAUGCAGACGGACCGCGCCGUGCGGUGCGGUUGUUACAAGUACAUAAAAAUAUACGACACCGAGUGGUCCAACACUUACUGGAGGGCAGAGCGACACAUGCUCGUCGGUGAGCUCCAUGGAAAUCUAUACGACUUGUGCGAUGGGACCGGCGAUUACAUCACCGCGAACGACAACAAUCGCGAGGCCGUAGCAUUCGUCGAUCCCGAUGUGGUACGUACGCCUGCUUUCGCGCUGCGGUUUCACAACAAACAUGGUUGGCGUGCAUCCUUUCUUCCGCGGCAAUCUGAUUGUUCUUGCUCUUUGCUCGUUUUUUUAGGAGUCCGCUCUUGUAAACACGCUCCAGUGUCACCUCGACCGAUCCCAUCCACAGAGAACACAGGACUUUUCCGUUUGCGCGUCUCCAUUUGAACCUGAACCAGUCCCUGAACCAGUCCCUACACAAUCCCCUACGACAGCCGGAGCAUUUUGCGACGAUUCGCCGCUGAGGGUCAAGAAGUUCGAUACUUGCGAAGGUGUCGUCGAGGCAGGGAAAUGUGGAUCCAAAAAAUACUGGUCACACUGUCGAGACAGCUGUGGCAAGUGCGACAAGUGCACCGAUUCGAAGCAAACUCUCAAGCUCGCGGAAAAGAUCAAGGURGUUACCAAAAAGGACGGCGAAAAAAUYACGAAGAACAAGAAAUCCGUCACCUGCCGCGCCGUCAAGAAGGCCGUCAACAAAAAGAAACUCUGUAAGAACUCAGACAUUGCAGUGUCGUGUGUWAAGACCUGUGGGGGCUGUUGAAUGGCAAUGUUAUCGCGUGAAGGACGGUCCAAAGACUGCCGUUGAUCGCGCCGCUCCAAUGUGUUUGUUUUGUUUCGAGUCUGAGUUCAAGAAAUCCGCGACCUACAAAAGAAGAGAUCCCAAACUUUCUCUUUGCAGGUUCUAAUCAAUCGAACUCUGUCCUGUUUUGAUGACAAGCUUCCGAGCUUGGAACACUAAUUUAUUACUGUAAUCUGAGGCUGCUAUUAUAGCUC